GCGGCAGAAAGACACGCUGGGUGAACUAGAGCACGCUGGGGCCCUAGAGUGAUUCAGCAGUAGCAGCAGCGGUGCCCUGUCGUCAGCCAUGGCUUCCUCCUUUGUCGAUUCGUUGCACCAGUUUAGUGGGUACCUCCAACGGCAUUGGAGCGGUUUGACACAGAGCGAGAAAGAAGAGUCACGGAGAGUCAUGGCGCUGUUACGUGAAACCGUCGACAACGCGCAGCCCGGGUCGGCUGCCGCGGCGAUGGAGACGACGGACGACACUGCGGCCGCGGCCGCGGCCGCAGCCGUCGACGGCGCCGCGCCGGGCGCCUCCGCUACCGACGCCGCGCCGACCGUCGAGGAAGCGCUGGCGCGGGCCGCGCCGCCGGUCGUCGCGCCGGCACGCGACGACCGCGUCGCUGAGCCGGUCGCGGCCGCGCCGCCGGCCGAGCCUUCGCCUUCGGUCGGCAGUGCGAUGGCGCUCGAUGUCGUGCGGCCGGCCGCGCCGUCGGACCUCGCGUCUGACGCCGACGAGCAGCCCUUCGCGCCGGCCGAAGACGCGGAGUCCAUAGCGGAGGACGGCGCGAUGCUAUCCGACGACGAGGCCAGCUCUUCUUCUGAUGACGACGAGCGGGCGGCCAUCAUGGCGGCCAUCAGACGAAAACCGACGCCGUGGACGGGCUUCCGAGGCGACUCCGACGAAAGUGCCGCGCCGUGCGCGGCCGACGCCCGCGGCGGGCGCACGCGCGCCGUGUUCGGCGACAUCACGAACGGUGGCGAUGGCGCCGUCGCCGCGACGGCCGAGACGCCGCGGCUCCGCGUGGCGCCGACGCCCGCGAACGUGCCGCCGACGCCCGACGACCUGCCCGACGACCUGUCGCAACUGCGGGAACUCUGCACGCAGCGGGGUGUCCCCUACAACGCCAAGGACAGCAUGAAGAGGUUAAAAGUGAGACUCGGAGGCCGGGCGGCAGCAGCUGUGAGCUCAGACAACGAGCCGCGCCCACCCCCGACACCUCCGCUGACGGCGACAGAGCGCUGGGGUGAAUCCUUGCGGCGGCAGACGCGGCGACGACCCGCCGUUGCUACUCCGUCGUUCUUCUCGAGGGGCGGCUGGACGCCGGAGCUGGACGGCGCGUUGAAAAAACUAGUAGAAGAGCACGGUGCGAAGAAGUGGGAUGCGAUCGCCGCGGCGAUGCCGCGACGCUGUGGGAAGACGGGCAAGCAGUGUCGAGAGCGGUGGGUCAAUGAGCUCGACCCUGCGAUCUCGAAGGCGCCCUUUACCGUCGACGAAGUGAGGACCAUGUUAGUGGAGCACCACAAGCGCGGCAACCGCUGGGCCGAGAUCGCGCGGAUGCUGCCCGGCCGCACGGACAACGCCGUCAAGAACCACUGGAACAAACACUUGGAAGCGCAUUUCGAGCGCGUCGUCGGGGAGGAGGUCGGCGCGGCGGCCGUCGCGUCGCGAAAGUUUGACCUGUCGGGCCAGCUCCUAGAAAAAGUGCUCAGCGCGUGCAUGUCCUCAUAUACGCCGCCGAAGCCGCGGGCGAAGCCUACGCCGCGGCGGUCCCCGACGCCGUCCGUUCGCCUCCCGGCCGAGAACGUCGACGACGACGAGUCUUCAAGCGAAGACGAGGCCGCCGUCGAGCCGAUUGAAGAUUUGUGGGUGCGGUCGCGGUCGCCGGAGUUUUACACGGCGGUCCUACGGAGCUUCGCGGCCGCGGGCGCCGCGAACACGCCCGUCGCUCCGCUGGAAAGCAUGGACGUCUGCGAGUCGCCCGGCGACGUGGCCGACCUGUCGCACGCGCUGGCGCUGUCCUCAGAGAUUGACGGGUGCGCGGCGCUGCGGGACGCGGCGGCGGCGUGCGUGCCGGCAGGCAGGGGUCGGUACGGUGGCAUCCACCUAGCGACGUGUGCGUCGGCGGAUUUGGUCGAGGUGCGGGAGGACCUCGGCUACGUCGUCGCGUUACCGGGCUUUAUUGUUCCAUGUGAUGUAGGAACGAACCGACACCCGUUGAGGGCCACGCUGUGUCGCGGACCUGUCCGGAUAGUGGACGGCAACGUUCGUGCGGCGACCGAGAUAGCGUUUGACGUGGCGCGCGUCGUGCUCUCGUUCUACGCGCCCCACGAAGGGCAACUGAGUCACAUUGCCGAUCUCCAGGAGAGGGCACGGCUCUUCGCGCUGCGGGACGCGUACGCGAAGCUGCCAGCGCUGCGGUGGAGCCGCGGCUUUACUAGAAGGAUCGCGCCGGGCCUCUCGUUAUAUCCAGGCGUCGCCGGCGCCCCCAAUCGCCUCAGAAUUAACGUCAAGGGCUGCAGUAAAGUGAUGCUCGAAGACACGCCCAAGAACCGCGAGAAGGCGUUGCGCGUCAUCGCCAAGUGCGACUCGUAUAAGCUGAAGCGCAAGGCUUUGAUGAAGGAGCGUGAAGCCGCGCUACGGGACGGCACCAAAACCAUCGAGGACCUCGCCAUAGAGGACGGCUUCUAUUACCUGGCGCCCGACGAACGGGCCCCCAUAUCGUUGGCCGAAUUGUUGGAAGAGGACGAGGGCGCCACGGACGAGGGCCCCGCGGACGCGGUCGACACGCCGGCGCCGCCGCGGCGCCACGGCGACGUAGAGACGGCGCCUACUUUGGGCGGGGCGGACGCGGACGCCGCGGGCGACGCGCCGGCGCCGUCGCGCCGCGACGCGCGGGUGGCACCGGCACCUAUCGCGUCCGACGUGCCGGUUGCGGACGCCGCGGGCGGCGCUCCGGCGCUCGCGCCUGCUCAGGCGCACCCCCUGCCCGCGCGGCCGCCGAGUCGGGCCGCGUGCCGCCGACUGGUGCGCGCGGGAAAGCCGGAUCCGUGGGUGGCCUGGGUGCGCCGGUCCCAAGAGUCCGAGGUCGAAUGUGCCGCGUCGGCGCGACGGCACGGCCUCAUGUACGCGACGUCGGCGAGAGACCAGGAGAACUACCUAAGAAUCUGCGCGACCCUCGACAAAACGGAGUCGACGCCGGCCGAGCGCUUUGAAAGGAUGCUACUCGACGAAGCGGAGGCGAUCCAGCGCUACACUCGAGGCCUCCGCCUGGCCGCGCCGCCGUCCGACUACCCGGUGCCGUGCGGACUAAGCCAGAUGGUGGGCAUGUCCCGAGCGACGCGGGACGACGUGCGCCGCGACUUCGAGGAAGCGAUGCGCCAGUUCGAGGCUUCGAACCAGGCUUUCGAGACCCUCGCGGCGAAGUACGCCGCCUUCAAGAUAGUACUGAACCGCGUCGCGCGCGCGUCCGGACUACUCCGCGGCCUCGUGGCGGCGCGCCUCGGCGCGCCGCUGAGCGACUUCGCGUGGAGUCGCCUCGACGGCUGGUUCGUGCUCGACACGUUCCUAGACUGCGGCGCCUUGAUACCGGACACUGUCGUGCUGAUGCCGGCGACUUUCGCGCGCCGCUGGAACGGUGGCGCCGACCUCGAGUCGUGGAAGCGCUACUUCCACGCGGGGCGCGUGCAGCGCGGCGCCGCGCCGAUUGCGACGGCGACGACCAUGAUGGUCGCGAGCGAGCGCGCCGGCGUCGCCGACGACUCGGACUAGUCGCUUGGCGGCGGUGCGGUGGUGCGGAUCGCGCAACCGGUCCACUGUAGUAAGAAUGUAUACUCUCUUUACUCAAUCCCCGCGCGCGCCGCCGGCCGCGCCAAGGUCAAAACUCGGGCCGCGGUUUUCGCGGCGAGGACGAUGCGAGAGGCGUCCCGAGGGGUGCCAUCACGGAUCCGGAGCUCGCGUCCGGUGCCUGUGACGAUGGCCUCAGGUGUGAAGAGCUUAGCUCUCCCAAAGCGGGCGACGUAUUUUGUAGGUCUGACUUUCGAAAUCGAGUUCGCGCGCGGAGCCGCGACCCGCGACUCGAUUCGGACGCGGUCGUGACCAUGACCCCCCGCAGGUGCGCCAACCCGAAGAACCUGUUCGUCGACUUCGACACGCCGAACUCGCACUUCAGCGACUACCGCAACAUGCUCAACAAGGCCCGCCGCUACACCGCGGGCGUCAUGGAGACCGCCGCGGCCUGGGUCCGCAAGGCGCUCAAGGCCGAGGGCAAGGUCACGGCGUGCAUCUAG